GUUUAAAACAACCCAAAUAUAAGGAAGUAAGAGUUUUUACUUUGUUUGCCAUGUUCAAGUAGGUUAUUAUUAUUAUUGACCAGGACGGCUUCAUGAGUGGAGUCAGCAUGUCCAUGUUAAUAGGAAACCUGCUUCUUCUGCUGAUGCUGUGUGGAGCUUCAAUUGGAGCACCCAGGACGUUCUCUGUGGAUUACCAAAAGAACUGUUUUCGGAAAGAUGGGCAGCCUUUUCGAUACAUAUCAGGAAGUAUUCAUUACAACAGAAUUCCCAGAGUUUACUGGAAGGACCGGCUGCUCAAGAUGUACAUGGCUGGUCUGAACGCAAUCCAGACGUAUGUUCCCUGGAAUUACCAUGAGGAGUCUCCCGGUCUUUAUGACUUCAGUGGAGACAGAGACCUGCUGGCCUUUCUAAAGCUGGCGCAGGAGAUUGGCUUGUUGGUCAUUCUCCGACCAGGACCCUACAUCUGUGCAGAGUGGGAAAUGGGUGGGUUACCUGCCUGGCUUCUUCGCAAAAAGGACAUUGUUUUGCGUUCAACAGAUAAAGAUUACUUAUCAGCAGUUCAUUCAUGGAUGGGGAAAUUGUUGCCAAUGAUAAAACCCUUUCUCUAUCAAAAUGGAGGUCCGAUCAUUACUGUCCAGGUGGAAAACGAGUACGGCAGUUACUUCGCCUGUGACUAUAACUACCUGAGGAACCUGACGCAGUUGUUCCGGAAACACCUGGGGGACGAGGUGGUGCUUUUUACCACAGACGGGGGCAGCGCUUUUUUCCUCAAGUGUGGCUCCAUUCAAGGACUCUACGCUACUGUGGACUUCGGACCAGGAGCAAAUAUAACGGCUGCUUUUGAGGCACAGCGCCACGUUGAGCCUAAUGGACCCCUGGUUAACUCUGAGUUCUACACCGGCUGGCUCGAUCACUGGGGCUCUCAUCACUCUGUUGUGUCAACUGACGCCGUGACAAAGAGUCUGACUGAGAUGCUUGAAAAAGGAGCAAAUGUCAACCUGUACAUGUUCAUUGGAGGAACUAAUUUUGGAUACUGGAAUGGUGCCAAUGAACCGUACAGCCCUCAGCCCACGAGCUACGACUAUGACGCUCCACUGACUGAAGCUGGAGACCUCACCAAGAAGUACUUUGCUAUCAGAGAUGUAAUUAAAAAGUUUCACAAAAUACCAGAGGGUCCUACUCCACCAUCAACUCCAAAGUUUGGCUACGGCACCAUAACAUUACAAAAGACGGAGACACUGUUAGAAGCCCUGAAGAAACUGUCUUACUCUGAUCCUGUCAAAAGCUUGUAUCCCCUGACCUUCACUGAGCUUAACCAGGCUCGUGGAUUUGUGCUUUACCGGACCACACUUCCUUAUAACUGCAGUAAUCCAACUCCACUGUCCUCUCCUCUCAAUGGGGUCCAUGACAGGGCCUAUGUGUCUGUGGAUGGGGUGGCUGCAGGAAUUCUUGAAAGAUCCAAAAUUAUAACCAUGAACGUUACCGGAAAAGCUGGAAGUCGUUUGGACAUAUUGGUCGAAAACAUGGGGCGAAUCAAUUAUGGAAAAGGAAUCAAUGACUUUAAGGGUUUAGUGUCUAAUAUGACCCUGGGAGCAGAUGUGCUGACUGGCUGGACCAUGUACAGCCUCAAUCUCGAACAGGCGAUUAGUAAGGGAGUCCUGAAGAAGUCCAUAUCCUCAGGCCCUCCUCAGACUCCCACUCUGUCUUCUCCAACAUUCUACGAAGGAAGCUUUGUUAUUCCUGGUGGCAUCCCAGAUCUCCCCCAAGAUUCUUUCAUCAAACUCCCCAACUGGACAAAGGGUCAAAUUUGGAUUAAUGGAUUCAAUUUGGGUCGUUACUGGCCGGCGCGUGGACCUCAGGUGACUCUUUUUGUGCCCAGCAGCAUCCUGAAGACCACUACUCCAAACCACAUCACCGUCCUGGAGCUGGAGUCUGCUCCCUGCACCAACGGGACCUGCACUGUGGAGUUCACUGAUACUCCCAUUAUAGGCACCACUCACCUAGACUACUACAAACCAAUCAGCAGACUCUUUUCUAAGAAGAAUUUAUUAUAAUGAGGGAAUUAAACCACAGAUGGAAAAAGGAUUGUUGAAGGUGCAUUGUGUAACUUUGCUGGUGGAGAGUCCAUCAGACACUUUUCUCCAUCGAAAUGUUAUUGCUUAGGCUUGAAUGUUUCACAGUAUUAAACCUUUCUAUCUUCAUGGAGACCAAACCAAAUCAAGUUACAGGUCAGAUCUGUGGAGAGGCAACCUCACUCACAGUCAGAAUGCCUGUUUUUUUAAAUAUUUUUUAGCAUUAAAACCACCUGUAAUUUAAUAAAUAUAAGAUAGAGCUGUUUAAUGUCACACUGUGGAAUAUUCUUGGCAGAGCAAUGACAUAUCCAUAGAAACAAGCAGGUGGUGAACCCUCUACCGGAAAAGUUACACAAUGCACUUUAAGGGCGGUGAAAACACUUUUAUUUGAUCAAUGAACCUUUUUUGCCUUUUUAGUAAUUUACUCAUUACAGUGGUGGAACGCAACGAAGUACAAAUAGUAAAGAAAGAACUACAUUUUAGGUAUCUGUAAUUUACUUAACUGGAAACUUUUACUUCAUUGCAUUUGAGAGCAGGUAUCUGUACUUUCUACUCCACCACAUUUUUAACAGGACUGAAAAGUAAAAGUAUUUUUAUUAGGCCUAUUGUAUGAGACCUGCUGAAUUUGGUUAUUUUUAUCAAGUUUACAAUUUGAGCAAAGAAUCAAUCAAUUCUGUUGCUUCUGCUGAACAAAAUGCAGUACAAAUCUUUACCAAAUCAAUACAUCUGAAGCGUUUUUAAAUAUCAAAAUCUGCGUGAAAUACUUUUACUUUUUACUCUUUACAUACAUUUUCGAAAAUUGCUUUAAUACUCUUACAGUGGUAAAUUUUUUCAUGUGAAACUUUUACUUAAAUAUUUUUUGCUCCAGUGUCUGUACUUUUACUCAAGUAACAAGAGCGAGUACUUCUUCCACCACUGAUUGAUUAUGCACUAAUGAACUGUUAUUGUUGUUUCUACCUCACAGAAUCAGACAACAUUAUACAGUUUUAUAUUUUACAAGGGAUUUGACACUAUUGUUUGUUCUGCUUUUGUAAAUCAUCAGGUAUUUUAAAGUAAGAUAAGAUGUACUGUAAAAAAAAAAAAAAAAAACAAAGUGCGUUUGUGAACAUGUAAAAACUGAGAAUAAAUGAUUGUGCCUUGA